AGUUUUUCUGGAGCAAGUAAAACAUUAGAUUUCAUUGCUUAACGCUGCAUAGAGUUGUAAUUUAAAUGAGCUGACACUGGGUGAGCGUAUUUAUAAAUGUUAAUAUGGAUUUGAAUUAGGCCUAAAACGUGCUAUUUGUGUUAUUGGACGGGAUCCUGCGAUGACGACCACCCAACGUUUCAUUAGCCGUGCGCUAAACCGUGCUGUUACGUCAUCCGUGUCUCUAUUGUGACGUAUGAGAUUAAGUUGUUUUCAAUGUCAGACAAUGGCUAAUCAUACGGUCAUCAUUUUCUACAAGACAGGUCAUGAGGCAUUCGAUCAGCAGACAUCUUACCAGCCAGCCAUCCUACUCAGUACACCCCUAGAUCAUACUCCACCGUCUCGACAAUUAUGAUCGGACAGAAGAACAAACGUAAUAGUCUAAGGCGUAGCAGCCGCCGUGCCAUGCAGGCCACGUUGACCUACCCUGAGGUGAUCGUUCGGAGUGUGGAGAUGACAUCGGUCAGUAGGAGAGACAUCUCCUCUUCGAUCAGCAACAACACCUACAACCGAUACUUGCUGGAGAAACAACAGAAGAUAGAGUUGGUUUGGUUCCAGAAGACAGGGAAGAAAUCAACUCUGGCUGUCGGAGCAACCAGUCCAACACCUGCUGGGUUCAAUGUCACUAAGGGUCUAUCUGACAAGCAGUGGCAGUCCAUACAAGGGGAGAUGCCAGGCAAUAUGACAAGAGAGGACUUUAAUGAGACCUGCAACACCAUCCUACUGUGGGUGAAAGAGGCCGUUGGGACUGCUGUGAAGCCUGCCCUGGACCUGACCUGGGAAAUCAUCACCACUAACGGAUCUUCAAUAUUGUCGACCCCCUCCAGCUGCUCACGAACAGAGGAAUGCUCAGUUGUGAUCUGUCCCUUUCCAUCAAGCAGCAGAUCUAAGAGUGCUUUGUUGGAUGAGGUUGACGAUGAACACGGUGAGUUGCCCUGUGGAUCAAACAGGUCCAGGCCAAGUAGGAAUGGAAGUAAACUGUUGGUGGAACCAGUAGUAGUUCUGUUAGGUGGGUCGCAAGAAAACGUCUAUCAGUGCAUUCAGUCUGAGAUUGAUGAGUCAGUAAGCAACAUAAUUCUCCUGUCAGAGCUUAGAGAUGACAAUCUGUUGAAAGCAGUGAGUUCAUCCAAGACUGUGAGCUCUGAUAUCUUUGAGGUGGCAAUAAGGGACAUCAACGCUGCCCUCUCUUAUGUCCUCCUGCAAGCAACAUGUAGCAGAAGCCGCCAAGUUGCCAGAGAGAUGCUUUGCGUUGUCUCUGUGAAGUUGCUUCCGUUGUUCCCUGAGCUGACAGGAAAGGUGUUUCCCAGUGUCCCUGUAGAAUUGCAGAGGAUACUGGAAUCGAAGUUGCCUCAUGCCACAGCACAGGUUAUUGUUUCUGUCAUUGAUGCCAUGAUUCAUCUCUGUGGAAAGGAAUGCACAAGGGAUACUACAGAAGGACAGGAUUCCGUUAAUAGCCAACUGUGUAGCUUUCUACAUGCUGUGUCUGACAGAAUCAAAGACAUGACAUUGAAGAUCAAAUCAUUUAGCCCCCAGCCUGACAAACAACCCGGAACAUCCAAAUCCAUGGAAUUUCUCCAGGACACAAUGCCAUACUCAAAAUCCAAGCUUCUAUUGUCAUCCACCUCAUCCAUAGACCAGUCUUGCUCAAGCUUGAUGAAGCUGUGCUCCUACUGUUAUUCCACACCUGACUUUAACAGAGAGUUCAGUGACCUGGAACAGGAGAGACAAGUGGUUCAGUCACCUCAGCCGUCAAUGUCAAGAAAGGAGGUUGUUGACCUUGGAGACAUUCCAUCUACAAUUUGGGACCAAUCAAAAAAUAUGGAAUUCCAUAAAAUAGCCUCAAUGGCAGUGAGCCAGAUCAUGGUAAACACUGUAAAUGAGAUCACCACACUUUUUGAUUCCAAAAUCUGCACCAUUUACCAAGGGGGAUCACUUGAGAAGCUUGAUGAACAAAGCAUGCCACUGGAGCCCUCUAUAAAGCUCCCACACAACACUGGUGAGGCAGCCUUUGGUGUGGUAGAUAUCAUCUUGGAGGGUGUGCGGACUGUAAUUGAUGCCAACAAGGAUUUUUUAAAUACUCUCACAGACCCUACACUCUUUUGGGAGCAAGUCCAAUUGGUUUCUGACAUUAUCCUUCAAAUGGUCCAGGCUAAAUUGAAGGAAAUGUUCACCGUACAACUGCUCCUCAACACUGAAAGCGACAUUGGAUUUAGUCAACACAGUGUAGUAACCAGUGCAAAAGAGAUCCUGAGCCGGAUCUUGGUGAACAUCAAGAAGGGACUGCCAACAUGCGAGUUGAAAGGGUCCAGGGAGGCACUUGCAAAACAGUUUUUGGACUCUCUAAUCCAUAACCUCGAGCUACUGAUCACCAGGAACGUGGAUCAACAGCCAGAACAAGGUGCCUCCAGCUGCUUUGUUGAACAAAGAGUGGCUGACAUUAGUUCCUUAAUUAUUGCAGAGACUAGAUGCAGCAGUUCUCUAGAGCUCGAAUGUAUGGUUGCUGAUGUUAGGCCUAUAACAACUAAUUUGUAUCACGCCAUUGUGGAGACAGCAAACGUCCUCUCUAAGGAUUCGAUUCACUUCUUGUCUGAGACUGUGCUCAUUGAAAAGGCCCAGCAGGUAAUGCUAGAUUCCAGCAGCACCAAUAUACUGAGCUUGGCAAUCAGUAAUUCACAGAUGGCUUUCAAGAAAUCAUGCCCUGGGAAGGAGGACCUUCAGAAACAACUUGUUUUGGAUUUUGUGAAGACGUCGGUAGGGAACCUACCUCAGAAAUGUUUGGGUUUAAAUGCUUCCCAAGAUGAAUCUCAACCUUCUCAACACCCUGCCUCUGGCUCAAGCCAAAAGUCUCUUCGCUCCAUCCCCGGCUGGGUGAUGUCAAAGCUGAAGGGUACUAAGACAAGCGUUGAAACUGUCUCUGCAACAGCCUUGAUCACAACAGCCAUGGUCCAAGAAGUAAUGGGCUCCGUCCCACUGACCAGAGAUCUGUCAGUGGAUGCAAGUGUUUGCCUCAGCAAAGGUAAGGCAUUUAUUCAUUUUAUACAUUAUUUUCUAAACUGA